AUGCUCGAUGGUGGAGAAUCCAAUGUUGUUCCCGAUGAAGCAUCUGAUUUCAUUAAAUUUGUGAACGAAUCUCCUUCACCAUUUCAUGCGGUAGAAUCAGCUCGUUUGCGUUUGGCUAGUGCUGGAUAUGAAGAAAUUAAGGAACGUGAUAAUUGGUCCGGAAAGCUGAAGAAUAAUGGAAAAUAUUAUUUCACAAGAAAUCGAAGCACUAUCGUUGCAUUUGCUAUAGGUGGUCAAUACGUUCCUGGCAACGGUAUCUCAAUUAUUGGUGCUCAUACUGACUCUCCUUGUUUGAAGCUUAAACCUGUAUCCAAAAAAGCUUCAGCAGGCUAUUUACAAGUCGGGGUUGAAACUUACGGGAGUGGCCUUUGGCAUACUUGGUUCGACCGAGAUCUUAGCGUUGCCGGCCGUGUAAUGGUCGAAACUGACAAACACCAAUUUGAGCACAAACUCAUUAAAGUUAACAGACCAAUUCUUCGUAUUCCUACAUUGGCUAUUCACCUCGAUCCUGGCGUAUCAGAUAAUUUCAAAUUUAAUAAAGAAACUCACUUGACUCCAUUAAUUGCUACUGCAACAAAGGUCUUGACAAACGGGUCCGAUAAUAGCGAUAAAAAUGAUAAAAAUGAGAGUUUUACUCCAAAACAUCAUCCUGUGUUUUUGGAUUUACUUGUUAAAGAGCUUGAUGUCAAAG